AUAAUCACGAGGUGAAAGUAACAGACGAGGUUUAAACUUCGUCCACUGCAUAACGGAGAACCCUAAACUCCACCGGCCCCGAAAUCUCCUGACCUCGUCAGCAUAUGGCCUGAGGUGAUUUGUAUAUAAGUCAAGCCCGUAGACCUCGAUCUUAUUCUCGUAGACCACCUUACUUCUCUGCUUCACCAUGACAGACUCCGCAUCCACGACAAUGGCGAUCCCAGACGACGUCUACGCAAAACCCCAGUUCGCAAUGCGCGCGAUCCACCUCACCUUCGAGCACGGCUUCGACAACAUCCUCACCCACCUCUCCGACCCGCCCUUAGCCGACCUCGGCAACUUCCUCGGAUACGCUCGUACAUGGGCAACGUCGCUGCUUUUCCACCACGAGUCUGAGGACGAGGUCAUGUUCCCGUUUUUGAUGACCAAGCUCGAUUUCUCGGCCGAGGUCGAGCAGCAUAAAGUCAUCCACUCUGUCUGCACCAAGUUCGCCGAGCGCACGCUCGCGAUGCAGCGUAAUCCAGAGACUUUUGACGCCAAAGAACUGCAACAGAUUCUACUAGAGCACAAAGACAUCAUCUUCCAGCACCUCGCCGACGAAGUCUCCGAUCUCGCGCCUGAACGCCUACGAGCAUUCUCCGAAGCAGAGUUGACCGACAUGACCGCCAGACUGAACAAGUACUCGAAAACAAAGUCGGACCCGUUUACGACGUUUGUGUAUAUGCGGUGUCACACGCCGCCAAAGUAUAAAGGGUUCCCGCCGCUGCCGUGGUUUGUGAGAGCGGUGUUGGUGCCGUGGGUGUUUGGAUCUAAGCAUUGGGGGUAUUGGAAAUAUGCUCCCUACUCCAUCUCUUGAACUCUGCGAUUCGAUCUCGAGAAUACAAACAGGCUUUUAUUCACGCUUCAAGACAGCAGCUAUAGCUCCUCCUCAAACACAGCAUGCUGCGUAUACCCCAUCUUCUCCACGAAAAUUUUACAGCUCUCCAGCAGUCGUUUCUUGACGUCCGUCUUAACGACCUUAUCUGCCCAUCCGCCAUGCAUGAUUUCAAAGUUAAACGGCUUCAAUGCUUUCCAUAUGUCGAAUACCGCGUCCGGCGAUAGCGGGAUCUAGAAAUUGUUAGCCGAGCUUCGUGAUGUAAAAGCAAGAAAAGUCUCUCACCAUGUUUGGAUAACUCCACAUAA